AGGGGGCGGCGUCGCUGCCGCCACCGCAGCCGUUGUUCGAGGGGAGGAGAGGAGGAGAAGGGGGCCGCCCGCCCGCCCGCCCCUCCGCCGGCCGGGCUGCGGGAGCCGCCGGGAGCCGCCAGGAACCGCCGCCCCGAGGGGAGAAGCUGCACCGGGACCUCGCCGGGGCCGUGUCCAGAAGCUGCCACCAGGCCCUCUGGAGAAGCCUAGAAGCGAUGGGUGUUAUGGAGCUGGAAGUCCGGGCUGCGGAGUGAAAACUUUACAGUUUGGCUGCGGGAUUCCCACAUGCAACUUGGUGCCGUGAGAGCGGCUGCUCUCCCUCGUGCUGCUGCGGGUCCCGGGCGUGCUGCGGGCCGGCGCUGACCCCCACCUGCUGCUGUUUCCCUUACCCGGCCCUGGAGCAGCUCGGAGGGCUUGCGGUGCCAUGUGGGGCUAGGAGGGGUGCAGCGGCUCUCCACAGCGUGAGGCGGUAAACAUGGAGGCGGCGUGCAGAGCCGCCGGCGAGGAGCAGAGCCAGCCGGGCAUGGACGGCCCUGGGGACACCUCCAUGGACUGCUACCUGCGAUCUCAGGGCUUGUACAGAAAGAGAGUCGCCAAGGAUGGCUCUUGCCUUUUCAGGGCCGUGGCCGAGCAGGUGUUACACUCCCAGUCUCGGCACAUUGAUGUUAGGAUGGCUUGUGUAGACUAUCUUCGGAAAAAUAGGGAGAAGUUUGAAGCAUUCAUAGAGGGGCCAUUUGAAGAGUAUUUAAAGUGCUUGGAAAAUCCACAGGAAUGGGUUGGACAAGUAGAAAUAAGUGCCCUUUCUCUUAUGUACAAGAAAGAUUUCAUAAUAUACCGGGAACCAAAUGCUUCUCCUUCACAUGUAACUGAAAAUGGCUUUUCUGACAAGGUAUUGCUGUGCUUUUCAAAUGGAAACCACUAUGAUAUAGUUUAUCCCAUAGAGUAUUCAGAAAAGGCUGCUCUGUGCCAGUCUCUGCUGUAUGAGUUGCUUUAUGAGAAAGUGUUUGAUACAGAUGUGAAGAAAAUCGUAGCAGAACUUAGUGCUGUUGGUGCAGCAGAUGACAGUAAUGGCAGCAGUGAAGCAUCUGCUUCAGAUUCAGAAGAUGACAACUGCAGAAGUAAAGCUGCAGCAGUUGGUGAUCUGAAUGGAUUGAAGUCUCUUUCUGACAGCAAGCACCAUAAGAGCAAUGGGAAUCCUACCUUGUUGGUCUUACCUAAAAAAGUUCUGAAAUCUCUCAAUCCAUCAGUUUACAGAAAUGUUGAAUACGAUGUCUGGCUCCAAUCCAAGUUGGAUCAGCAAAAGCAAGAUUUUUCUAUUGCUGCUGGCAUGCAAUACUCAGUUGGAGAUAAAUGCAAAGUGCGCUUAGACCAUAAUGGGAAGUUUUAUAAUGCCCAUAUUCAAGAAGUCUGUUCAGAGAAUGGACCAGUCGUUGUGUUUGUAGAAGAGCUUGGAGCAAAGCAUGCUGUCUCAAUGAAGAGCCUUAAACCUCUUCCACAGGCCUCUCCUAUGGAGGGCUGGAACACUGUGCCAGGGAAGAAGAUAAAAAAGUUUUUCCCAACCUGGGGGCAGAACGCUCAGCCUGAUGCAGAUUGCAGAGGGCCAAAGAAUCAGAGCAAGUCAAUAAAACCCCAGCCAGCACUACCUCCUCGACUUCAGCAUACUGUGGGAACCAGGCAGCAUCAGUUCUCCUGUUCUGGACCUCAACCUCAUCAGACUUCCACAGAGCAAAAAGCUCCAGGCAGGAAUCCUUCCCAGACUGUAAGAAAACCAGAGCGGGAGAGAAACGAGGACCUGAACCAUGGCAGCAGAGACUGUAACUACUUUGGCCUGUCCCCAGAGGAGCGCAGGGAGAAACAAGCUAUAGAAGAAUCUCGUUCCCUCUAUGAGAUCCAGCAGAGAGAUGAACAAGCUUUCCCAGCUCUCUCCAAUAAUCAGUCAGUCUGUCAGGCUGCUACCCAGACUGUGGAUAAUUUAAACCAGAAAAAGCUCUCAAACAAUGAGAAAAGAAAUAGCAAGUGGACAGCAGAGAUGGAGGAGCAGAAGGAAAAAGAGUCAAAUUCCAGGCAGAUCCACUUAAGUCAGAAGCUUGAGCCAAAUUCAUCUGAGAAGAAUAGUCAAGAUGAGAAUUACCCAAAAGCUUCAUCUCCCUUGGAACAAGUAAAAACAGAAUCUCCUCCGGUUCUUGCUGAGCAAGUAAGAAAUGUUUGUUUGAUUUCAAAGUUUUCCAGUCAGGAGACUUCAGACAAAGGGGAGCUCCAUCACAGCCACAACUUGACAGAGUGCUUACCAAGUGUAACUCCAACACCCUCACCAGUCUUCUCUGAGGUGCAUUUACCUCCAGCAGUGCCUUCUGUACCAGCCAUUGUGCCAGCUUGGCCAAGCGAGCCAACAACUUAUGGACCAGCAGGUAUUCCAGCUCAAAUACCUGCUUCUUCAUUGAUGCCAGCCCCAGCAGCAGGACCUGACUCUAUUGUGUCACAGGCUCAGGUAACAUCUGCUCCAGUUGCUGGAGUUCCUGUGUCACUACAAGCAGUUAACCAGCCUGUAAUGCCUUUGCCUCAGACUCUGAAUCCUUACCAGGAUCCACUAUACCCUGGAUUCCCUCUUAGUGAAAAGGGAGAAAGAGCCAUUGCACCCUCUUACUCCCUGUGCAAUACUGGGGAAGACUUGCCUAAAGAUAAGAAUAUUCUUAGAUUUUUCUUCAAUCUUGGUGUGAAGGCAUACAGUUGUCCCAUGUGGGCACCCCAUUCCUACUUGUACCCCCUGCACCAGGCCUACUUAGCUGCUUGCCGGAUGUACCCGAACGUGUCCCUUCCUGUGUACCCACACGGCGCCUGGUUCCAGGAGGCUGCGGCUCAGAGUGACAGCGAAACUGCACGGACAAGCAGGCACUUCCCUGUUCCCAGUGAGGCCAGGCCCAACGGGCAGCUCUCACAGGUUGACAGUAGAGCUGCAUCACUGCCUCUGAUGAUACCUACAGCUCAGGUGUCGGAAAGCCAAGGACAGGUCUGCAUGGAGUCAGAGAAUCCAGUGCAAGCUCUUCAUGCCAACUAUGAGGAGUCCCUGAGAGGAAAAAAUAUGUUCCCACAGCCCCACUUUGGACACAAUCACUUCCUAGGUGCUGUUCCAAUAGCACCUCCUUUCUUCCCUCACUUUUGGUAUGGAUACCCAGUUCAGGGCUUCAUUGACAAUUCAGCAGCAAGAGCUAAUGUAGUCCUGACCCCUGAGGACAAAGAGGCAGCAGCUAACACUGCGGUGAACAUGUAUGUGGCUAAAGAAUGUGUCCCUCCGGUUGCUGUGGUAAACUGUGCAGAGCAGCCUCAGAAGAUUGGCAGCAGCAGCUCAACCACCAUGCCUUUCCCUGGGGCUGGAGCAAGCAGUGGAUGCAGUGCCCCAAAAGAAGCUUCAUCCAGGGCACCUCAGUUGGAGCACACUUGUCCUUCAGCUUCUCCUGCGAAGCAAAAGCCAGCUGGGCAGCAGAAUCGUUCUCCACUAACACAGGGAACUGAGAGGCUGACAGCAGUGCCCAACACUCCACCACUGGCAGCAGAGCCACCUAAAAAUGAACUGAAACACAGUGCCUGCAGUCGUAAGGAGAAGACUGACAAAGGCAGAGAUGGCAGGAGUGUGGGUGGUCUGCAGGCAGAGAGCAGGGUGCAGAGAGCUCGGGAAGAGAGCUCAGAAGAUGAGAGCGAGGUAUCUGAUAUGCUGAGGAGUGGCAGAUCCAAGCAGUUCUAUAACCAGACUUAUGGAGGAGGCAGAAGGCCUAGACUUGAGUGGGGCUACUCCAGUAGGGGAGGAUACCAGUUCCAAAGGAAUGAGGAGGCCUGGAAAGGAACACCCAGCAGGAGCAGAGAUGAUGGCCACCAGUAUCAGCGAAACUUUAGAGGGAGGCCAUACAGGAAUGACAGGAGAAGGUCAACACUGGGAGAUAAUCAGAGAGGGGGGCAUCAAGCAUAGAAUGAAGGGAUAAUGGAACCCUUUAAAAUACAGGAAGUCAUUUGAAGUAGCAGUUUAAAAUCUUCAAUCUUUUUUUAGUAAUGUUCAUGUCUGUUUAACUUCUGGCGAGUAAGGACUGGGGGGAUGUGAGCACCUGCCCUCUGGUCUGAAGGAUCCUAAGAGUUUGUUGGCUUAGUGUUUUUUCCUCAAUGUCAGAUUAGAGAAAGCCAAUCUAGGUUUAGUGUUUGGGAAUGUUUGGGUUUUUCCCCUCAAAGGUUUUGAGUCUGUGAUAGAGGAUGGAGACGUCCAUUUCCUAGUGACAAAUUAGAGCGUUUGACGUGGUCUAGAUCCUGGAGUCGACAGUGACAUUGCACCAAAUACAGACGUGUAUCUUAUCAUCCAAUGCCUUAGUUCUGAACUGAGCUAAAGGGAUUCUCAGCCUACUGCACUGUUGUCUUUGAUACGCUUCCAACCCAAAGGCCUUUCAUCUCAAAACAAUCUGUCAGACUUGAAUGUUUCUCUCCAGUGUGUUACACGUACAGCAGCCAGCUAACCCUGUGUCUUAGGGAUGUUGUAUAUAGUUCUUUUAAUAUUCAUAGGGUAUAUUUUUGAAGUUUAAAAUAAAAAGCAUUUAUUUGUUGAACUCAAGAUCAAGAUGAGCAGUCAGGAAUAGCUGUGUGUAAAUGGAUUAGAAUGGCUGUUUCCACCACGAGUUCUUAAUGCUGGUGUGACUAGAAUGGUGCCUAUGCCAACUAAAUAAUAACAAAGACAAUACAAAUGUAGAUGCUAUGCAUUUCCAAAAGAAUUCUGCAGCUGUUAUAAUAGCAGAAGUUUUUUUAAUGCCACUUUAACACUAAUGCACUGACAAAUCCUAGAUACUUUGUGAGGAGAGAUGCAUAAAGUACCUGUUACGUGUUUUUAAGCGUGUAUGAUUGAGCUACUGUUCAGUAUUCUUUUGGUGUUGCACUGUUGAUGCAAAUUUGUGUUUUGCAUGUACAAGUCCUUGCUGGAACUACUUUUAAAAUCAAGAUGGAGCGUCCUGGUGUGCUCUGCUCUUCCCUACACUUCAGAAGAAAGUGGCUUCUGCCUUAUAUUUUUACACUGUGUCAGCGUUCUGCUGCUGUUUCUUCUGCCCCGACAAUGAUCUCUGCAGUGUUCCUGUUGCCUUUGCAGUUUGGAUGUUGAGCUGUCGGGACCCAAACGUUGGCUCAGCUCUGCUGCCAGAGGAACUGCUAUGUAUAUUUUGGUACCUCUGUACAUACGGUGUAGGUGAUGGUACCCUGUCCUGGUCCCAGACUGUCCCCACCCCGAUCAGGAAAUCUGAGUGCUAGUUACGUGAUGAAGAAUUUCUUUUCAGAUGCAUGCCAUGUAUAAAACCAGACUGAAGUAAAAUAAAUGUUUGUCUUUUCACUUCCUUUCGAAA